CGGACGCUGUGGAGGCGUUGAGUUGGUGAAAAGUGUCAAACAAAAUGAGCUAGUUUUUGUUCAUCUUCGCUUAAUUCUGGGGACGAUCAAUUUAGAGAAUACUUCCACUCCUCUCGAGGAAGCAUGGCUUACCGGGAUGGUGUGACAACUCCUCCAUAUAUGUCAGGGUACAAUUACAGAGGCUAUGGAGUUGACUCACCGCACAGAGCAAGCAUCCGCUCCGUAACAUCAUUUCCAGGGGCUAGUGGAUCAGUUUCUUCCUUCCAUGACAAUCUUAAACCAUCACCCAGAGGAACUGUUCCUCAGACUAAUAGCAGAGCUGUUGUGUCAGCUCUGAAGGGACUGCAAGAAAAGAUUCGUAAACUUGAGUUGGAGAGAGCAGAUGCAGAAGAUAAUCUGAAGAAAUUGGCUGCCGAAUCAAGACAUUACAAGGAUGUGCUGCAAAAAGAACUCACUGUCCGUGAAUCUUCACAAGGGGUUAUUUCAAAGCAAAAUAAACAGUUAGAAGAUGACCUUCAAGGUGCAGAAGCUCGAUGUAAUUUAUUGGAGAAACAGUUGGACUAUAUGCGUAAGAUGGUCCAAACUGCUGAGACAGACCGAGAUCAUGCUUUGCAAAGGUCGGCAAUGGUUGCUAAACAGGCUGCCCAGCAAACUUCUGAUGAUAUGCGAGGACAGUUGGAGAAACUAGCUGGGCUUGAAAGAGAGCACAUGAAAUUAACUGCAUCACAUUCAAUAGCUGAGGGUAAAAUUAGAGAAUUGGAGGAACAACUUAGGGAAGAGGUUCAUCAAAGAAAACUUGUGGAGAAUAAAACUGCCGAGCUGGAAUCAGUCGCAGAAACUAAUAGAAUCCUCAUGAACAUGGCCUCGCCACAGCGAACAAAGCCAAAGAAAAAGAAGCGAAAGCCUCCAAGACCUAAACCAAGAAAACCAAAUCAGCCUGUUAAACCUUCGGAUCAUUACCAUUUAAAUUUAGGAAGUAUUCCAUUUGUCGUCGGCCAGUCAACAACAAAAUCACACUCUCUUGGAGCCAAUGUACAGACCGUGCUGUCUUUAAUGAAGGCCCAUAACCCAGCGCUGUGUCACGCUGCUGCACGACGGGCUCCGAAACGACACCCGCAAAGUGCGGGCUCAGCAAGUGCCAGUGAUUCAGAUAACGCUUUCGACGAGCUUCUCCUUGGACUACAGGAUGAGUUCGGACAUAUGACUUUUGAGCAUCGAGAACUUUCUCGUCAAAUACAAGAAUCCGACGAUCCAAGAAUACAAGAAGAUCUCAGAAGAGAGCUUGAAAACUUAGAAGCACGAAUGGAGGCGAAAGGAGAACAAAUAGCAAUGGUCCGACAACAGCAAGAUAAAGCGAAACGACAGCGCAAGAAGCAGAAGACAAAAGCAGCGGCAAAGCCCAAGAGCGCAAGCGCUGUCCUGCCGGCGAGUGGUGGAGAAGUAGAAGUAGUAACGACUGUUAAAACAAAACCUGUUCGAUCUGGAGGGACAGUUAAAGAUACCUUAUCAGUUUAUAAAGGGAUGAAGACUCUUCAAACUUCGCUUGGAAAGAAUCAGUACCAUUGGGAUUAGCUAAGCGAAUGUUUUUUGUCCGAAGGGUGGAGAGAAAGGGUUGUUGAGCUGCGAUUAGAUAUACUUGUGAAUGGGGGAGAGGGGAGGGUGAUAAAAGACAGAUAAGGAGUCUUAAAAAUGUUCAGACAUAGUACGUGUAUAACUUGCAAGGAGCGAAAAACUUAAAAAAAAAGGGACAGUGUGACAAUCAGGUCAUUGAUUUGUUUUUAUGAGGUUCUUUAGUGAAUUGGUCAUGAAAUUCUGGGAGAACUGACAUUUUAAUAUCUGGACUCAAAAUUAUAAUGCUUUAUUGUACCUCGACUGAACACUGAACAACCAUCUGGAGGCUGGCAGUUAUUUAUAUAGUGUAUGGUUUUUCCUUCGUAAGAAGAUUUGUAAUUAUGUACAUGCAACAAACUCAUUAUGGACUUUUCAAUAAAAGUAGGAGCUUAUACAGUUA